UAGGUGUCUAGUUGCGCACAUCAUCAAGUUUCGCGCAAUCUUAACAUCAGCUCAACUUGACUUCAGGGGUUAUCGAUAACGGAACUUUUCAAUCUCAUACAGCCGAAAGCUUUUUUAUCUCUGAAUACUUCCUUUUCGCUUCGUUUUUAACCUAUGAGGACUAUAAAUAGGGCGUCACAAGGCUGUGUGGUUCAUUUGAAGUUACUAAUGACCUGUGGUGUUUUCUACACCUCGGCAUCUUCGUGCCGCAGCCUCGCGACAGAUUUGAUUAUAAUCCUGUGAAAUUCAAACGAUCCAAGAACAAACAGGGUUUGCCUCUCUGUGUUCUUGGCCGACGUGAUAAGCUUUGCCAUUUGUAUCAUUUGUCAAGGGGUCUGGUCUCUUUCCGGUGGAGUAAAACCAAACAACCGGAGCCAAAUUAACAUUACUUGUUAAACUGCACGUCGGACUCAGUCUUAGGAAGACAUUGAGAAAUGGAGGGCGAAUCAACGGAGGAUAUGGGCUCUGGUAUAAUGGACUAUGGUUUAUCUGAAAAUUCAGAAAAUCCCAUCAACUACACCUUUUUGGCGAUCCAAUGUGCGUGGUAUUCAUUCGUCCUUAUUCUUGGCAUCACAGGGAAUGUGUACAUCAUUUUAACAGUGUGGUGCCGUAAGGACAUGUGUUCCACAACAAACUUGUUCAUUGUGAACUUAGCUUUCAGCGACUUAGGGAUUCUGCUGAUCUCUCUCCCAGCUGAGUUCAUCAAGGAUUAUGUAGGUUGGCCCUUCGACAAGCUAACCUGCCAGAUUUUCGCCCCGUUGAACGAAGUGUUCUUUUGUGUGUCCAUACUGACUCUAACUGUUAUCACAAUUGAGAGGUUUCGGGCGAUCUGCAGACCUUUUAAACCGCAUCUAACGCAACGGAAGGCCAAAGUGAUCAUCAUUAUCGUAUGGUUUGUGUCAUAUCUUACUGUUGGUUUUCCAAUGUCGUUUCUUAUGGAUGUGCAAGAGAGUCAAAACCAUCUCAGAUGCGGACCUAAGUGGUCGGGAGAUCUUCAGCGGCGAAUACACACUUGUUUUAUUGCCACACUUAUCAUCGUGCCCCUGUUCAUAACAGCCGGAGGCUAUGCAGCAAUCGUGUCUGCAAUGAAAAGACAAAGCGCGCGGAUCAGGGCGAGAGCAAACUCCUUGAGCGGCGCAACCGUUACCUUCCGUCAUGACCAAUUCCGUUUAGAGAAGAACGCAGAAUUAAUCAAAAUGCUUCUACUCAUUGUCGUUGUAUUCUGGAUUUGUAUGCUUCCUUUAACUCUACUUGCCCUGGCAAUAGAUUUUGGAGGCAUCGAUCCGACAACAAAAGCAGUCGAUCUGUUAUACACCCUCGGUAUCUCCUUAUUUUUUAGUAACAGUGCAUUUAACCCCGUCGCUGUGUACAUGAUGAGCUCAGAGCUGAGGAAAGGACUCUACGCCUUCCUUGAUAGAAUUUCAAAGUACUUUGACUACAAGUUUAUCGAAGUAUGAAAACAGAUGAAAGACUGGCUACUUAGCCUCGCAAGGUUCUCUCAUCUGAAGUGGCUGUAAAUAGUGGUGGAAUGUUAUAUUUAGUUUCUACUUGUGAUGUGUGCACAGAUUGUAGCUGUUAUAUGUGUAGUUGUACAAACAAUUUAUCCGUAGCAGAUGAAAAUAAUGUAAACUUCUUAACCUAAAGCAUUUGAUUGGAUUUUAUCUUUCGUUCGUGCUUGAUUCAUUCAAUACCGAAGAUAGCUUGACAUAAUUCACAGGAACUAAUUGACCUUAAAUUAAACUUCUUUUUGAGCUUAAUAACCAUCCGCAAAGAGACCAAAAAUUCCGAGUAAAAUAUUCCUUGUUCUUCGGGAGAUAGAACAUUUGGAAAAAUGUUUACGUUCACCCUCUAUAAAUAUAACUGCAUCAUCCCAAUACACAUGAAUCUUUACCAUUUAGGAACUGAACACGAUACGCAGCCAUUCCUAAGCUUUUAAUAAGCUGAUUGACGGGUUUAAGUUUCUUGUUUGUUUGGAUCACCCAUCAAUCAGUACAAAGGACCAGCGGAGUAAUUGAAAUAAGUACAAUUGAAAAACGAUGCAAAAUUGCAAUACACUAAAGUCUGUACCCUGAUUAAGUCUACUAAGUAUUCUUUGAUGUCUCUCACGUCAUCGAAUACGUAUCCUGGUUUUAUUCACACAGCGGUGAUCUUAAACAUUUAUCUUCUUCUCCCGAAGUUAGAACUCACUUAUUAAAAAAACAGGAGAUGGAACAUAUGAGUCAGCAUAACUUCUCCUUACCAAUUUUCCCGGAAUAGUGUAGCAGCUAGACGUGAAAAUUACUAUUUCCAUCGAAGUGUUCUCAGCUGAAUAACCAUUGGCUGUUUUAAUCAUUUUUAAAUCGACUCAAAUACCAUAACCUUGUUGAAGAACGACAAUGAAUUGCAACGACAGCUGGAGAAAACAACUAUUUCUUAGCCUCAAGCUGUAAUGGACUCUUAUGCCGCCCGAAUUAUGGGGCGAUAGGUAAUUUUUCAUAUGACAGCAGAAAACAAACAUAACGCAUGUGGUACAUAUUUUUGCAGGGUAGAGAAAAUGUGUAUAGUUAAUUUAUAAUGUAAGGAAAAAAAGGUUAGUAACCGUUUCGGUUUAGUACGUAGUAUUUUUAUAUAGGAAUUAUGUGAAAUACAGAAAAAGUCCAUGGAAAACUGCCAAACCAGUUUCCUUUGAGGUUUAAUCCCUUAUUUUGGUCAAGAGAUUUUGGCAAGAAAAGCUCUUGCUCAGGAAAAGAGACUGUUUAUUUCAUCCUGAUUACGAAAAUCUUAGAGAUACAGUCAGGGUAAUUCUGUUAGAGCCGGUUCCCUGGGCCGAUCUUGAUUCAUUUUGUCCGUGUGUGCUGUCAAAGGUCAUGAUGUUUUGGAGAAAUUUUGUAAUUGCAUUAAAAGGAAACAUUUCAAUUUAAUUCGUCGAUGUAGGUAAGAUCCUCAGAUGUUCAAAGGUCGAGGAUGAAUCAGCAAAAGAAAUCACACAAGGAUAAAGUUAUGAGUAAGUUCUAGAGUAAACCAUCAAAGUUCUGAUCAAUAAAAGAAACUGUG